GCUUGCCACUUGCUGCAGGUUCCUGGGCACAGGCUUGCAGAGGCGGUGGGUGGUGGAAGCGGAGGCGGCGCUGGGCUGCAGAACAGCUGCAGGAGACACACAGAGAGAGAGAGGCUCAGUAUCUGCAAUGCUAGGAGUCCUACAUCAGCCACUGACCCCACUGGGAGACAGCCCUGCAAACCCCCAAAAUCUGCUUCCAAACUGCCUCCCUCUGCCCUGCUAACAGGGGGAAUAGCCAGCCUCCUAGAAACCCCAAAUCACUUCUGGAUCCUGGAAAAGAGAGCUCUGCACUGCUUGGGGACUGACAUGGGAUUUCCUCAACCCACACUGCAUUGAGGGGCAUUUAAAUACCAGGUUUUAUUAAACAGAAGGGUGAAGCUACUAGAUCAACCAUGGAUGAAACAGUAGAUGUAACGACAGAAGGUAACUCUCUUAUUAAAGCAGUUUAUCAAAGUCGACUACGCCUUACAAGAUUGUUGCUAGAAGGAGGAGCAUACAUCAAUGAGAGCAAUGAUCGUGGAGAAACCCCACUGAUGAUCGCUUGCAAGACCAAGCAUGUAGACCACCAAAGUGUGAGCAAAGUAAAAAUGAUAAAAUAUCUGUUGGAAAAUAAUGCAGAUCCAAAUAUCCAAGAUAAAUUUGGAAAAACAGCCUUAAUGCAUGCAUGCCUGGAAAAUACUGGUGCUGAAGUGGUUUCUUUGCUUUUGGAAAGUGGGGCUGACCCCAGCAUCCAAGACCAAACUGGGUUCUCUGCACUGGUUUAUGCUGUGAAUUCCGAGCACAAAGAGACUCUAAAGAUUCUACUCAAUGCUUGUAAAGCCAAAGGAAAAGAGGUCAUUAUUAUCACAACAGAUAAGUCUGCUUCUGGGCGGCAGACUACAAGACAAUAUCUAAACGUCCCACCAUCUCCAGGUGCAGAACAAUGCAAUUCUCCCAGUCCAUGUACAUCACCAUCAGAGAUUGAGUUGAAAACCUCUCCCACACCAAUUUCAACUGCUUGUGAAGCAGAAAAAGAACUCUUUAGUUUUAAAGAAGCUGAUACAUCUGGUGGAUUUAAGGGUUCCUCCGAGCCAGGAUCUCCAACAAGGAAACCUCAUAUAUCACAUGCUGGACCAAAGCUACCACUUCUCCAGCGUUUACACUCUGAACCUUGGCUGAAGAUACCACCUUCACUGUUACACCAACAUAAAGUAUCCUCUUUGCAUGAGGAGCUGCAAGAUAUCACACCAGAAGAGGAGCUCUCUCUUAAGAUGAGCAACUCAUUAUUAUCCAAGCGUUAUUUCACAAGACACCAGAGCAUUGAUGUUAAAGAUGCUGUCCAUCUUUUGAAAACUCUUGAAUCUGCAGGCCCAAGAAAGAUGUCCUGUGACGAGAUCCAUUCACAUUCGCUAUAUAAUGAAAGCAUACCCACCAAAUCAGAGGUCCCAGUUGACCAAGACCCAGAUUCAAUGCAGGCAAUGUCUGUUUCAAGCUUAAAAAGUAUUGUUCAGAGACGAAAUUUAGGAGCAAAUCAUUACAGCUCUGACUCUCAACUCACGACCCGGUUGGGACCAAUUUCAUCAGAGGACAGCAAAUCUUUACUAGAAAAGAAGAAAAUGUUUUCUCCACCUUCCAUGCUGUUUGGCUCUCGAGAAUCUUUAGAGAAUGUUUCCGUAACAACAUUAGGCAGACGGAAUCAUGCCAUUUUAGAAAGGAGAGGUUCUGGAGCCUUACUCCUAGAUCACAUUGCUCAGACUAGGCCAGGGUUUCUUCCACCUCUUAAUGUAAAUCCACACCCACCCAUCCCAGAUAUUAGUGGCCAUGGCAAAAUGAUCAAUGUUGUGUCUACAGCCACAAAACCUAUGAUUCCAUCUGCACCCCUAUUCCCAAAAGAAUCAAAAAGCAAGAAAAUGUUGCUUCGAAGGCAUUCAAUGCACACGGAACAAAUUAAACAACUUGUAAACUUUGAAGAGAUCCUUGGCUAGUACACCAUCCAAAGUAUGGCUUUUUAAAAAUCCCCUUGGAAGGUCUCUUUCCAAAUUGCACCUGCUGCACACCUGCUUCAGAUCUUUUCUGUAAAGAAAAAGCAUUCGUUCAGC